GACGCGCAUGGCAGUGGCCGCCUGGCCUCGCUGGUGUCCCAGCGGCUGCGGGAUGCGGCUGGCGGAGGGGCUGGGGAUGGUCUGCGGGGCCCGGCCCCUCCUGGGCACCUUCCUGCGCCCCCGGGCAGCUGUGGCGGCCGCCCCGGCCCGCUCCCAGGCGCUGGUCUAUGCGCAGCACGGGGAGCCGGCUCGGGUUCUACAACUAAAGGAUCUAGAACGAUCUGAGCUAGGCCAUUCUGGGGUUCACGUGAAGAUGCUGGCAGCCCCUAUAAAUCCAGCAGACAUCAACAUGAUCCAAGGGACUUAUGCCCUCCUCCCUGACUUGCCUGCAGUAGGAGGGAAUGAAGGCGUUGGACAAGUGGUGGAAGUUGGCAGUCAUGUGACUUCUAUGAAGCCUGGGGAUUGGGUUAUCCCAGCAGAUGCAGAACUUGGAACGUGGAGAACGGAUGCAGUGUUCAGUGAGAAAAGCCUGGUGAAACUCCCAUGCGACAUCCCUUUGCUGUGUGCUGCCACCUUGAGUGUCAACCCCUGCACAGCCUAUCGGAUGCUGGCUGAUUUCGAGACCCUGGGGCCAGGUGAUUCCAUCAUCCAGAAUGCAGCCAACAGUGGCGUGGGACAGGCUGUUAUUCAGAUUGCAGCAGCUUUAGGCAUCAAAACAAUCAAUGUGAUCCGAGAUAGACCCAAUCUCCAAGAGGUGGUAGACAGACUGACAUCCCUUGGUGCAGACCAUGUCAUCACAGAAGAGAUGCUGAGAAAGCCAGAGAUGAAAGACUUGUUUAAGAAAGUCCCCAAACCCCGGUUAGCUCUGAAUUGCGUCGGAGGGAAAAGUACUACGGAGAUGCUGCGCCACAUACAACAGAAAGGGACCAUGGUUACAUAUGGCGGGAUGGCAAAACAGCCUGUGACUGUCCCUGUGAGUGCAUUCAUCUUUAAGGAUGUGAAGCUGCGUGGGUUUUGGAUGACCCAGUGGAAGAAAGACGAAACCCAGAGCCCUUCCUGCUUUGAGGCUGUGUGGAUGGGGCAGAAGCUACCUAGACACAGCCUUAAGCUCAAAGCAGCGUGUGCCAGAUGGUUGCUGACCAAGCUGCAGUGCAAGUGGCAGACAAGGACAGAUUGACUGGGAUGAUUCUGACCCUGUGUGAUCUUAUUCAUAAGGGGCAGCUCACUGCUCCAGCCUGCACACCGGUCCCACUGAAGGACUACCGAAUUGCCCUGGAGGCCUCCAUGAAGCCAUUCAUCUCAUCUAAACAGGUCCUCACCAUGUGAUCCUGCUCCCAUGGACAAUCAUAUACCCUUUGUUUCCAGAUGAGUUUUAAGAGGGAGCUGAAUCACAGCCAGUUCUGACGCCAUUGCAGACAAUACAACUGAUUUCAUGCACGUUUGCUUCAAUGUAUCCUGUCUUUAGGAGAGAGUUGUUGAAGAGGAAGAAUCUCUAAAAUUUGUCAACUUUGCCCACUUGAAACAAUAACAAUCACAUCUGAGGCUAAUGUGCAUUACUGACGUGACUCGAGCAGACAGUAGAUCUCUGCUUUUGGAGAUAGAUCCUGUUUUCAUAUUGGCUAAAAUUAUUUGCUUUGCAAUAGAAAGUUAAGGAUGGCUAAAGUGCAGUCCCUGGAAUCCUAAAAAUUAGGGUAGAGGCAAAGCCAAUCAACUUCCAGCUGACUGCUGGUGAAAUCAGUCAGUCAAGGAGGACACCAAAAGAAGCCCUCUGCUCUGGAUGUGUGUAGUCACCCAAGUUGGAGGGCACUGGGACUCCCAACAAGAUGCUAAUGCGACCCUUACUGUAAAGUUUUCCUGCCCCAGAGUGUGCUUUAAGUGAGGAAGCCUCCAUUUUUCUGUCUCUCUGUGGCUUCUUCCCAUGAAGGACUCCUCUAGAUGUGGAGUAUUGUCCUAGAUUGUAUCCUAACCCCAGUAUUGUCAUGUACAAUCCUUAGGGAAACUUGCAUCUAUAGUUUGAUAUUGAGGCAGUUGUGGAUGAAAUAAAGGCACUUCACGUUGUGUUGCAAACCUGUCAUCCAAGAGCAAGAAUUGUGAAAUGGGCCAUUGAAAUGUCAAUGAUUGUUCAGAAUAAAUGCUAUAAUUUUGAGAGA